AGAUGGCAUCUUAAUCAUGUUCUACUAACAUAUUUAUUUAAUUAAAAAAUCCAGCAGUAUUUUACAAAAUUAUAAAUGGCACACGUGUGGGGGCACAAAGCCAGAUAAGCUCGUUCCUCAUACUCUCACAACAAGCAUACCUUGUUCUUUGCUUUCUGAGUUUCUGUGUAUUCGAAACUCGUUUAAAUGCCGAGAAGUCUAGAGCCGUUGGAUCUAGGAAUCCAGAUACCGUACCAUUUCAGAUGUCCAAUCUCACUAGAGCUGAUGCGUGACCCGGUAACCGUCUGCACCGGUCAAACCUACGACCGAACAAGCAUCGAGUCAUGGGUCUCCACAGGAACCAACACGACAUGUCCUGUCACACGCGCUCCUCUGUCCGACUUCACUCUCAUCCCAAACCACACUCUCCGCCGUCUCAUCCAAGAAUGGUGCGUCGCCAACCGCUCCAACGGCGUCGAGCGCAUCCCUACUCCCAAACAGCCCGCUGAUCCAACCUCCGUCCGAUCUCUCCUCAGCCAAGCCUCCGCCGCGUGUGGAACUCACGUCUCCAUUCGCUCCCGCGCCGCCGCCCUCCGCCGUUUGCGUGCGUUCGCGCGCGAUUCCGAAAAGAACCGCGUUUUGAUCGCGGCGCACAACGCCAAAGAGAUUCUGAUCAGGAUUCUGUUCUCCGACGUGGCUCCAGAGCUGGUCUCCGAGUCCCUCGCUCUUCUAGCUAUGUUCCCGAUGACGGAGCCUGAUCAGUGCGAAUCUAUAAUCUCGGAUGCGGGUCGGGUCGGGUUCCUGACCCGGUUACUAUUCGAUUCCUCUAUCGAAACGCGCGUUAACGCGGCCGCGUUGAUAGAGAUGGUUGUGACGGGAUCGAAGACGGCUGAUAUCAAAGGAACGGUUUUAACCUCUGAGUGUAUAUUCGAAGGAGUUAUCGAUCUUCUACGUAAUCCUACGGUAACGUCGUCCCCACGGCGAGCUCUCAAGAUCGGAGUCAAAGCCCUGUUCGCGCUCUGCCUCGCCAAAAACACGCGCCGCAUCGCCGUAUCCUCCGGUGCACCGGAGAUUCUAAUCGACAGACUCGCGGCGGGAUUAGACAGGUGCGACACCGAGCGAGCUCUGGCUACGGUGGAGCUUCUCUGCCGGACGGCGGAGGGAUGCGCGGCGUUCGGCGAGCACGCUCUGACGGUGCCGCUUCUUGUGAAGACGAUUCUGAGGGUUUCGGAUCGUGCGACGGAGUACGCGGCGGGAGCGUUGUUGGCGCUUUGCACGGCGGAGGAAAGGUGGAGAGACGAGGCGGUGGCGGCGGGAGUGGUGGUGCAGUUGCUGCUGAUGGUGCAGAGUGAGUGUACGGAGAGGGCGAAGAGGAAGGCACAGAAGCUGCUGAAGCUUCUGAGAGACUCGUCGCUUGACUACUCCUUCGCUAACUCCGAUGAUUUCGCCUGCAGCGAAGUGGUCCCCUUUUGAUCUUUUUUUUAAUUAAUUCCACAGUAAUUAUUUUUUAGUCUUUUUUUUUUGAGCAAUUAGUAGAAAAGGAAAAAGAAAACACGUAAAGUGGUUAUUUUUUUAUGAAAAAAAUGUGAAUUAAAAAAUACAAAAAGGUUUGAUUUGAUGACCAUAAUUUAUAUACUGGUUUUUUUC